AUGUUGGCUCUCCAGUCUGCAAAUGUGGAGGCCCACUCUGCAAGUGUCUCAGAGGAUAAUACCCCUUCAUCAACAACCAGUCAAGGAUAUGUUUUACCAGAAGGAAAAAUCAUGCCCAACACAGUCUUUGUUGGUGGAAUUGAUAUAAGGAUGAGCGAAGCAGAAAUUCGGAGUUUCUUUGAAAGAUACGGCACUGUGAAAGAGGUGAAAAUAAUUACUGACAGAACUGGUGUUUCCAAAGGGUAUGGAUUUGUAUCUUUCCUGGAAAAUGUGGAUGUUCAAAAAAUAGUAGAAUCACAAAUCAACUUUCAUGGCAAAAAGCUGAAACUGGGGCCAGCAAUUAGAAAGCAACAAAACUUUUGUUCUUAUGUACAUCCCAGACCACUAGUCUUUAAUCCUCCUGCACCACAGUUCCCUACUGUAUGGGGUAGUCAAAAUACAGAGACGUAUGUGCAGCCUCCAGCUGUGAUGAGCCCAGUCACACAGUAUGUUCAGACAUAUCCGUAUAGUCCACCAGCUUUACUGAUCCAGCAGCAAGUGCCUGUAGGAUAUCAGCCAGCCUACAACUAUCAGGUUCAACCACAAUGGCUUGCUGGGGAGCAAAGGAGUUAUGUUAUGCCUCCGGUUUAUACUUCAGUGAACUAUCGCUGCACUGAGGAUACAGAACUUAUACAGGCAGAAUGUGUUGUUCCAGAGCCCACACAAUUGUCUGCUAACAGUCCACAAAAAAAGUCUGUGGACAGGAGCAUACAAACAGUAGUAUCCUGUUUGUUUAAUCCUGAGAAUCGUCUGAGGAACACCUUUGUAUCACAAGAAGACUACUUUAAGGAGAGGAAGGUGCAUCACUUCAGAAAAGGAAGAGCAGUUCUCAAAAGUGUUUGA